AUGGGUUUGAAACACCCUCAAGUUGAGAUGGACCAGGGAGGCAGGGAUCCCGGCGUCUGCUGCUCUCGCUUCUGCUCCUCGCAGCCUGGGAUGCCGGGAGCGGCCAGGUAUUAUUCGGUCCCGGAGGAGGCCAAACACGGCACCAUCGUGGGCCGCAUCGCCCAGGACCUGGGGCUGGAGCUGGCGGAGCUGGUGCCGCGCCUGUUCCGGGUGGCGUCCAAAGGCCGCGGGGACCUUCUGGAGGUAAAUCUGCAGAAUGGCAUUUUGUUUGUGAAUUCGCGGAUCGACCGGGAGGAGCUGUGCGGGCGGAGCGCCGAGUGCAGCAUCCACCUGGAGGUGAUCGUGGACCGGCCGCUGCAGGUGUUCCAUGUGGAGGUGGAGGUGAAGGACAUUAACGACAACCCGCCUGUGUUCCCAGUGACACACAAAAAUCUCUUUAUUUCCGAAACUAGGCCUCUUGACUCUCAUUUUUCACUAGAGGGCGCCUCCGAUGCAGAUAUCGGGGCCAACGCUCUGCUGACCUACAGACUGAGCCCCAAUGAGUAUUUCUCUCUGGACGUAAGAACCAACGACGAGCAGGUAACACCGCUCCAACUAGUACUAAAAAAACCUUUAGACAGGGAAGUCGCUUCAGAGCUUCUCUUGGUGCUCAAAGCAACGGAUGGGGGCAAACCUGAGCUGACAGGCACUGUAGAGUUAAACAUCACAGUGCUGGAUGUAAAUGACAACGCCCCGGUGUUUGACAAAGCAGUUUAUCGUAUAAAAUUACUGGAAAAUGCAAGAAACGGUACACUGGUUAUUAGACUUAACGCCUCGGAUUUGGACGAGGGUUCAAACGGCCACAUUGUUUAUUCCUUUGCAACUGAUGUCUCCUCUAAUACAGAAGCCUCUUUUCGCAUAGAUUCAAACAGUGGAGAAAUAAACGUGAAUGGAAAAAUAGAUUUUGAAGAAAUUAAAUUAUGGAAACUUCAAAUAGAAGCAGUUGACAAAGGAAACCCCCCAAUGUUUGGUCACUGCACAAUCUUGAUAGAAGUCUUGGACAUCAACGAUAAUGCCCCAGAGUUGCUAGUGACGUCACUGUUGCUUUCUAUUCCAGAGGAUGCUCCACUGGGGACUGUCAUCGCUCUAAUCAGUGUAACAGACCAUGACGCCGGUGGCAAUGCGCAGGUGACCUGCUCACUAACACCCCAAGUCCCCUUCAAACUGGUGUCCACCUUCAAGAAUUACUAUUCGCUGGUGCUGGACAGUGCCCUGGACCGAGAGAAAGUGUCGGAAUAUGCUCUAGUACUGAUCGCGAGGGACGGGGGCUCGCCUUCUCUGUCGACCAUGGCCAGCGUGUCCGUGGACGUGGCUGAUGUGAAUGACAACGCGCCCGCGUUCGCACAGCCCGAGUACACGGUGUUGGUGAAGGAGAACAACCAGCCCGGCUGCCACAUCUUCACGGUGUCGGCGCGGGACGCGGAUGCUCAGGAGAACGCGCUGGUGUCCUACUCGCUGGUGGAGCGGCGGGUGGGCGAGCGAGCGCUGUCGAGCUACGUGUCGGUGCACGCGGAGAGCGGCAAGGUGUACGCGCUGCAGCCGCUGGACCACGAGGAGCUGGAGCUGCUGCAGUUCCAGGUGAGCGCGCGCGACGCGGGCGUGCCGCCUCUGGGCAGCAACGUGACGCUGCAGGUGUUCGUGCUGGAUGAGAACGACAACGCGCCCGCGCUGCUGCUGCCCGGGCCGGGUGGCAGCGGGGCGGGCGCGCUGAGCCAGCUGGUGGCGCGGUCGGUGGGCGCGGGCCACGUGGUGGCGAAGGUGCGCGCGGUGGAUGCGGACUCGGGCUACAACGCGUGGCUGUCGUACGAGCUGCAGCCGGCGGCGGGUGGCGCGCGCAGCCCGUUCCGCGUGGGGCUGUACACGGGCGAGAUCAGCACGACGCGCGCCCUGGACGAGGCGGACGCGCCGCGCCAGCGCCUGCUGGUGCUAGUGAAGGACCACGGCGAGCCGGCUCUGACGGCCACGGCCACCGUGCUGCUGUCUCUGGAGGACAGCGGCCAGGCGCCCAAGGCCUCUUCGCGGGCGUCGACGGGCGCCGCUGGCGCGGAGGCCGCUCUGGUGGAUGUGAACGUGUACCUGAUCAUCGCCAUCUGCGCGGUGUCCAGCCUGUUGGUGCUCACGCUGCUGCUGUACACGGCGCUGCGGUGCUCGGCGCCGCCCAGCGAGGGCGCGUGCGGGCCCGGGAAGCCCACGCUGGUGUGCUCCAGCGCGGUGGGGAGCUGGUCUUACUCGCAGCAGAGGCGGCAGAGGGUGUGCUCUGGGGAGGGGCCGCCCAAGACAGACCUCAUGGCCUUCAGCCCUAGUGUCCCUCCAGGUUCAAGUUCUGGAGAUACUGGAGACCAACGGGAGUUUUGCGAGAAUGCACAAGGUGUCGCUCUUUACUUGGAGGAAAUAGUUCAUUCAAGGGUUGGUCUGAGCAGCCAGGAACUCCGCAUUUAA